AUUUCAAAUUCCUCUCUGUGAAGUGUGCCAGUUCUGCACAUGUGCGAUACGUUUUCAGUUCAGUGUCCAACCUUUUGUGAAAGGAUAGAAUGGAAAUCGAUAGUAAUGUUUUCCUUUGAGUGAUUCAGUUCAUUUUCAUGUGCUUAUUCAUUUAAUACAGUGACUAGUUAAUUAUAAUGGUAAUGAUGAGCUAUUUAGGUCUUGUUUCCACUGCGAACAAUGUUUGUGCAAUUAUAACGAAAAUGCGCGUCCUAUUAACUCUGACAUUGCUGACAGCUGUUGUAUAUUCACAAAACAUUAAUAAUGCCGUCGAAACGGAAAUGUUUGCCGUUCCUAUCACACCGAAUUUAUUUAACUGGACUUAUCAGGAAUUCGAGGAGCAAUAUCGUUUUCACGCAUCACUAAAGGGCAAGCCGGAGCUACCAUCAUGGCUGCGGUACGUGUACAGCAGCCGACAUCACUCCGGUUUUAUAUUCGGUACGCCGCCGAGAGGAACGGAAUCCUCGAUAACUUUAGAGGUAAUCGGUCUCAAUCGUCAAGACUACGAGACUCGGCGUGUUCUAGUCGUAUUGAAUGUUAAGCCGAAAGAAAACAUGGCGCGUCACGAAGUCGAACUCAAAAUAGAUAACUUGAAUGUAGAAGACCUACUCGAUGAUCAUAGAAUGACACGCCUCAAAGACAUCCUAAGGAUGAAGUUAUGGACAGAGAGCAAGGAGGAUUUGUAUCCGACCUUCCUGUCUUCAGCUAUUGAUUUAGGAGCUCGGCUCCCACUGAAACCUAGCGACGGGGAGGGUUUGGUUGUACGUCUCGGUAGUUCAAUUCCGUUUUCUUCUGAGCUGAAAAGACUGAGAGAAGAAGUACGUCCUCUAUCCCGGCUCCCCAGCUGUCCCCGGGAAUAUAAACGUACUACAGUGGAAAGGUUAUUCCGGGACGCCGGUUUCACUCUAGAUUGGUGCAGCUUUGAACUUUACAACACAAUAUACAAGCCACGUUCAACCAUACACCUAGAAUACCUAACAGAGUUACCUAACACAAGUCGCAUAUCGAGUACACGUGUACUGGAUAGACAACAAUGGUCUGCGCCGGAGCGACGUGCAUUGCCACAGCGUAGUGUCGCACGUCAGCUGGUCGCGGCUGUCGCACCGCCGCUGUUAUUACUCUGUGUCGCUAUUGCUGCUCUUACUGCGGUCCUAUGCUUCAGAUAUGCAGCUAUGACUGAUCCAGAAUCUGAAUAUUUUCUAGAAAAUAUCUAUCAUAUUUGUAUUGAUUAUAGAAAAAAGAGAGCUCAGAAAACAGGGAGGGUGGAACUUUGCAGAUACGGCACUGGCAACACUGACCAGACACAAGUCAAUGAUAACAACAGUAACAAGAGUUUGGGAGUCAGUCCCAACAACAGUCUUGUCAGACCGUACAGUCCGAAAUCGAGCACCAAUUUAGCCGGCAGCUACAACAGACCUCAACCGCCUCCGUACAUCGGCUCCACCAACAAUUCUCUCCAUCAUCGCAGAUCUGGCAACACCACCACGCCCUCCACUAGCGGACACACGCCUGAACAUAACCGUACACUAGCUUUAGAAGAAUCCCUAAAACUCCUAAACGAGGCAAACAUUACUGGGAACUACGAUGGAAUACCAAAAGACCCGAUAAUAGACCUGAACGACGGCACUGAGGAUUACGUACUCGUUAAACCGGAUUUUAUUCAAUCGAAACCGGAUUUGACCGGUUAUAACUCGAUCAAACCGGAUUUGGAUGAUAUUAAUGUACCAGAAUUGGCAAAGUACGGGGUGACAGGUAUUGGUAUGUGACAGAGCCUGUCUACGGACGGCUCAAGGCCUCCGGUUAAGACUUGGUUCUGUUAACACUAUCACUGCCAUCGACUCGCCUGGCGAGCUUACUUGCGGAAUAGUGUCAUGGAACGUGUUUAAAAGUGAUUUAUUACUGAAGUGCUAAAAUAUAUGGGUUUUUUGGUUGAUGAUUAACGCAUGGCUUCUAUUUAUUUGUAUUUCUCGUUGUGAAGUUUUGCAGUAUAAACGGUUUAGUAGAUUUUGAAGAGUGAGUGAACGAGAUGGAAAUCAUACAGUUAUCUCUUUCCUUAAAUUAUCUAUACGAUCAAUCGUUUUUUUUUUUUAAUUUAUGCCUUUUGUUAGAUGAAAUAAGCCUUUACAAGAAAUUUUAAUCUUAGAUUUUCAUCUAAUAAAUAGGCGAUUGCUUUCUCUAAUAUAAAUAUUAUUUUAGGGAAUAAAAA